GUCAUAUUCUGUUGUUGCCCUGUUGUGGACGUUGGCUGGCUGCCAGUGAUGGCCCAGUACACGAUUACCGAUUGUCUUUGUUGACAUUUGUGGUUUAUUGCUUAUUUCGAUGUAUUUGGAUUUUCACCGGUGCUGUGCUUAUGUGCCAGUAGCUUUGGCUGCAAGUCGUUGCAAUUGUUGGUUAAUUGAUGAUGUUUUUUUCCUUCGAAAAAUAGUUUGAUGUCUCCAUUGUGCAUGGAAUUUUUUACUUAAAAAGUUAUAAGUUUCAUGGAUUUUGAUGAGAAGGAAACGUACAAGGAGUGCGAAGAAAGAAGAUGGAGGGGGACAAGAGGAGCUGCUCAACAGGAGCAGUGCUUGUUAUAAUGAAGAGGAGAACGCGUGCUAGGCUUCAGAGGGAAAUCAGCAGUAAAAGGCGGAGAGGUAAAAAUACAGCAUAUACUCACGCACAAAGCCAUGCUGAUGAUCAAAGGAACGUAGAUUUUCGAGCCAUGAAUUCCUUGUCUAAGUCACUGCUACUGUCGACGCUACUGCUACUGCUACUGCUACGACAUGAUGCAGUGGAGGCGUUGAGGGUCGAAGUAAAGGUUCCACCGUACCUCAAGAAAGGCGAGUCUGCCAGACUGGAGUGCAGGUACGAACUGGGCUCUGAUAAGCUCUACUCCGUAUCCUGGUACAAAGACAACGUACACAUCUACAAAUUCUUGAAAAAACAACAGGAAAAACUGGUAUUCAAUGUGAAUGGCGUCACGAUUGACCCACACAAAUCAAGCGACCAGUUGUUGCAGCUUCAGAGCGUGAUCAUCGACGCGACCGGCUACUACAUGUGCGAAGUGAACACCGACAGUCCUGUGUUUAAGGUCGUGAAGGCCAUGGCUUACAUGGAGGUCAUAGAUCCGCCUCGGGAGGGUCCAAAGAUUACCGGUGAAGAGGAGAUUUACGCCAGUGGUGAUAUUAUGGCGCUGAACUGCACCAGCGCCUUCUCGUAUCCAACGGCUCGGUUGCAGUGGUUCAUCAACGAAAUCGAGGUCCCUCCAGCCUCGGAAGUGUUGCAUUCGACGUAUCAUGGCCUUCACAGUACGCGUUCGAGUCUCCGGUUGGAGCUCAAACCAAGGCAUUUGACUCACGACAGAAUAAAAAUCACAUGCGUGCAGAUGGUGCGUUCGUCACCACAAGCUACCAUACCUUUUGUUGAUGUCAGAGAAACCCAGAUUUUUGUUCAAGGCCAGGCAAGUAGUCUAUCGAGGCCCUCGGCGGUGCUGUUCGUGCUGAUGCUGCUUUCGGUGCUGCUCUGCAAGGAUUAGAGAACGAGAAUUAAAAAAGUGAGAUAAAAGAAUUGUAGGGUUCAUCCACUAUUGCCAUUACUUUUUAUUUUAUUUUUUUUUGUUUUUGUUAUUAUUCUGGGCUGUACAUAUAAGUAUCGUUUCUCUGAAUCCUAUGGCAUGAUUUUUUUCAUUGGGUUUACUAGUGAUAACCUUUCUGUCUUUAAUUAAUUUUUAUUUUUACAGUUAAUUGGAUUUUUGUUCUUUUUUUUCCUAUUAUUUAUUGUAAACCAUAGCCACUCAAUACAAACAGCAUUAUAAAUUAGGAAUAAAAUAAGUAAUUGUUAAUAUUGUAAAUUAUCAUAUCAACUGUCACAAAAAAAUUCAUGAAAAUGCUGUAAAUAGAUGUCAAAAACGCAGCACCGUUUAUACAAAACUUGUAUAGAUCAAUUCAUACUAAAUAGUAUGCUGAUAAAUUAUUAUGAAAGUGUUGUUUUUAAUUGGCGUCAGAUAUAAAUACACAUCGUUUGCUACCCUACGAAUGAAUUCAGAGAAAAUAAUAAUACUUAUUGAUUUGCACUAAUUCAAUUUUGCCUCUUUCCAUCAAUAAAUAUGCUCUAAGCAAUUUUUUUUUCAUACUCCCAGUCAAAUAAAAAAAAUUUGUAUUCCCCUAGUGCUAAAAACAGAAUGGAUCAAAGAGAAAAAGUAUGUGUGUGUGUGUGUAAAUAGUUGUAUACUUGCAAAUCCCCUUUCCUGUGUGUGCAUGUGUCUCUGUACAUCAGGCAUAGUGAAAAAAAAGGAAAAAACAGCUAUUGAGCCAUUCUCCAACAUGUGUACUACGACCGAGCCCUAUUGCUAUUAUUAUUUAUUGUGCAAACAGAGUUGACAUACGGGCACAUGUCCGUGAUGUAGUAUAAAUAUGUAUACACUACACCGUGUACGUGUGAGCAAACGCCGUAGGUGUAAAAAAGUAGAAAGAUAGUGGUUUAAGCAUGGCAAAGAUAAAAAUAAAAAAAAAAAAAAAAAAAAAAAAAAAAAAAAAAAAAAAAAAAGAAUGAAGGUGACUGACGUGAUGCAAAUAAUGUCAGAGUUUCUCUCGCCCGUAGCGUGCGUUGUGUAUUGACACCCACGUCCCACCGUGUAAAUACGAUUCCAAACGUUCUGUAUAAAUUACUGUUGCUUGAAUGUUUAACGUUGCCACAUCCCUAGUGGUAAAUAAUGGAGAGGGAGGAUUAAAAAAAAAAAAAAAUAACGUAAAAAGUCGACACGUGUAACUGCACGAUAGGAAUUCAACGAAUGGUAUGCGGGAAUGCCGAAGCGGAAGGGCAUUGGGUAACGAGUUGGACUGACGCGUUUUGUUGGUAUUGGAUUGAUUGAGCGAGGUUGCCUAUCUUAACUUUGGGUGUUUGAUUUAACUUUUUUUUUUCAAGUUUACGAGAUCGUUCAACUUGGCUAGAGGUCAAAUGACUUUGGUUUUUUACAUUCGAUCAAAAAUAUUGUACAUUGCUACUGGUUCAGUUAUUUUUAUAAUAAAAAUCAGUCACGGGAUUAAACGUACGAGUCGUAAGACACGAGUCAAAUUCCUCCGGUAACGAUUAAAUGCGAAUUUUUCAAAAAAAUCUGAGACGCAAACUAAUGCCAAAUAAAACAAAAUAAAAUUUUUAUGAACUCGUUAAGAAUGAUAAAGUUAGAUUUUAAACUGAUUGUCUAUUAUAUAUUCACUCAAUUUAAGUACCUCCUUUUUUAUUCACUUGUACGUUAAUAUGUACUACUGCAAUUGUAAGAGAAGUGGGAGUUAACGAUCGCAAGUCACUUUUGUGGCCGAGAAAAAGGAAAGGAAAGCCUAAAGUUUGACUAAAAUUAAUCACGGGUACAGGUAACGGAGGAAAGUUUACAAGCUGAAAAAAGCCACCUCAUAAAUUGCUCACCCGCCCUUUCGUUGUCGUUGUUGUUGUAACUCGUAAAUCAGACAUAGGCAAAAGACGUAGGCAUAGGAGAAGAAGCAUAAUUUAUGAGGCCACGUUGUUUAAGGCUGCGUAAGCUUCGGUAGUAAUUAUAAGUUUUAAUUGGUACCUACAUGUGAUUAGUAAACACCCGACCAUCUCCGAACCACAAAAUCUCCUUUUAAUUCCAUUAAACUUCUAUAGUAUGGUAUACCGCUCUCUCUAAAGUAUCUCAAUCUGUGGCGUAACAGAGUGCAGUGGAUUAUGUAUAUAUUUUUUCCCCGAAAUUGCGUUUCGAAGACCAUGAUUAGUUUUGCUCUAUACCUCUUAAUGCAUCAACAAUGAGAAAAGUAAUGGAAUUUGAUAUAUACUACACCUAAGUUAUCAUCCCCUGUACGUGUAGGCACAAUUCAAUUUUUCUGUCAAAGCUAUACAAAAAUAAUUAUCAAAAUGUAAACUAUUUUUCUAAUGAGCCGCGAUAGGGUAGACAACCCACAAAAGACAAUGAUGUACCUUUUGGUGUGGCAGUGAACACGACGCCGAAAUAGAGGAAAGUAAAAGAAGACAAAGAAAAAAAAGUAGCUACCAAGGGUGGAAGGUACGCAUGACGAAGCAUACAAAAUUGUACGGAGUAAAAUACGCGCCAUAGGCAUGUACCGACCGCUAUUUGCGAGUAAUUAGGCCGAGUGCGCGUUGGUUUCACAUUGAGACGAAAAGUUUUUUGCAACUUGUAUGUGAGUAUGUGGGGCUUUUGACAGACAGAGGAGAGAUACGAGGCGAAGAACAAGAAAGGGGCGCAGAAAGCGCUGCUGGCUUUUUGUUCUCCUCCUCAGCGAGAGAAAGAAAGGAAGCGGAAUUGUGUCAUUUUUUAGUCUGACGAUUAUUGCGUGCAGCUGUGAUGACAGUGCAAGAGGGGCUUUUGUGUCUGUAACGCUUGGAUUCAAAACGAUUGGUCUUAUACUUUUUAUAUGCACAUGCAGGGAUGGUAACUUAUGGUGGUUAGUUAUAAGGUAGAGAUAAAUUGCCAAUUUUCAGAUGAGCAAUGAAUUUACUUUUUGUAAUCAAAAUCAUCGAAAAUUCCGUAGUACAUACAAAAUGUAUUUAUUUAUGUUAUUGCGUGGAAUCAAGAAUCAAUGAUAUGAUGAACAAAUGACGAUAUGAUUGCAUGAAAGUGUGUAUGUGUGGGAUGUAUAUAGUAUGUAAAUUUAAGCAAAACCGAGAGACAUAAUUCAUAUGUAGAUAGAAAUGAAGAUCACGUGAUUUCAUUCGAAAACAAUCCAACCUUAUUUUAGUAUAUACUUACGAUAAUUUGUUACAAUUAUAAUUGAAUGAAUGAAAAGCAACACGAAUCACAAGAAUUUUUCAUGUAACUUGAAACCUGGUUAUUGCACAUGGUGUUUAUGAUGUAUCAUCUAAUUUUAGUUUCUCAAAUUCUUCUUACAGUUUAAAAAUUAUGCGUUAGGCCUAAUGUACAUAUUCGA